AUGCAGAUUCGUGAUUGUGUGAAUGGACUGGAGAGAUGCACUUCGUGUGGUGACGUGGGGAUCCUCUGCUUCACGGUUCUUACAACCGUUUUGUCCAGUUUGCAUCCAGAGUGUGAAUAUAUUUUCCAGCUGGCCAGAGAUGAGCAGCGGUGUCUCAGCGAGAUCACAGAACACGGAAACCUCAGCGGUUCAGGUUGUCUGCCUGCAUGGGAUUCUGUUCUGUGCUGGCCCAGAGCUGCAUUGGGGGACACGAUCUACUUGCCCUGUCCACCUGUAUUCUCUUUAUUCAAGAACAACACAGGUACGGUGAGUCGUAACUGCACUGCUGGAGGUUGGUCACAGCCCUUCCCUCUGUACCACGAGGCCUGUAGUGUUGAAGAUGACAUCACUGAGGACUCAUACUUUGCCACAGUAAAGCUGAUCUACACCAUUGGUUAUGGGACAUCGCUGCUCUCGCUCUCUGUUGCCGUGGUAAUACUGCUGCUCUUCAGAAGACUACACUGUGCACGAAACUACAUCCACAUGCAGCUCUUCUUGACCUUCAUCUUGAAAUCUGUGUCUGUAUUUAUAAAAGACGCUACGCUGUUUGCCAGUGACGACACAGACCACUGCACGCUUUCUACGGCAGCUUGUAAGGCGUCAGUGGUGUUUUGUCAUUAUUGCGUGAUGUGUAAUUUCUUCUGGCUGCUGGUUGAAGCUGUGUAUCUGAAUUCUCUGCUGGUCUCCACCUUCCUGCGCAUGCGGCGAUGCCUCUGGAGUUUCGCUCUGCUGGGUUGGGGUGUUCCAUUAGUCUGCAUUGUCCUUUGGAUCUGCUCCAGACUGUUCUUUGAGGACACUGUAUGCUGGGACAUAAAUGAAAAUUCACCUUUUUGGUGGAUCAUCAAGGGUCCGAUUACAGUAUCCAUUGGGGUGAACUUUCUUCUCUUCAUGAACAUUAUCAGGAUUCUGGUCCAGAAACUGAAUCCUCGUCUGAUCCAGUUCAAUAACUCGGCUCAGUACAGGCGACUGACCAAGUCCACCCUUCUGCUUAUCCCUCUCUUCGGCACUCAUUACAUGGUGUUCAGUUUUCUCCCAGACUACUUCAACGUGAGCCUGCGGAUUUGCGUCGAACUCUGUCUGGGCUCCUUCCAGGGACUUAUUGUUGCAGUUCUCUACUGUUUUCUGAAUCAGGAGGUACAGAAUGAAAUACGCUUGCGAUGGAUCCGUUAUCAAGAGGAGAGUUACGCUGUGGUACCUGUUGGAGUCAAAGGAAGUCAAAUGGACACUCCGUUUUAACAUCACAAAAAUCCGGAAACAGUGAUGUCUAAAAGGGAUUUGGAUACAUUUUAAGUGAACUUUUCAACUUUAGUGGAUAUCUUCUAUAAAAUCACAUUGACACCAGGUAAUAUAGGUAAAAUACCCAUGAAAACGUUCUGAUGCCCUUCAAAUUCAGAUCUCUAGUUAUUUUUUAAGUACGUUAUUUUGGGAAAUGUUAUUGGAGCUGAAAUCUACCAUUGAAUGGGAGCAGAUCUGAGGUGUUUGUAGACCGUUUUUAUUGGCAGAAUUUGCCAUAUGUACAGAAGAAUUAAAAGAUUGAUAAAGUGAGAUGUGAUGAGACCGGGGCUAGUUGUCACAGUGAGAGCUGUUAUAAGGACUCUAUGUUUUAUGUUUAGUUCAAUUACAAGCUUUCUCUGGAGCUGUGGUUUUGCAUCUUGUUUCAGACAUAAAAUGUAAAGCUUUUUAAAAUGUGAUAUUUACCUGUGAGCUCAAAUUCCAACCUCAUUAUACUGUAUAUAUACACCAAUAGCUGCUUGAAUAAACAUGUAACCAAUGAAACCACACUUGUAUGCCCUAUCGGAAAUCAAUGUGUGCUUUAUUGUAGUGAAGAAGUCUAUAUAGAAAUUCUUUUUCAAAAGGCUGUAAAAUUCAAAACACUUUGUAAACAUACUGUACUGAAUUAUACUGUAAUUUUGUUCAGCAGUAAAUUUAUCUGUUUAUUUAUUUCUUUGUUGGUUUAAUUUGUUGUUUGAUUGCAAAUGUUUUGCUGUUAUGUCUGUUCUUUGAGAAUAAUAGAUACAAUUACCAGAGCAUAUAACAGAGGAAAAUAGUAGCCAAUUUUCUGUUCUUUUAUCUGUGUAAUGGAUAUGUCCUAUUGUAACUUUAAUUAUGCACUUAGGUGCCUUCUGCCUUAAGUCUUUUUCAUAAAUGAUGUGCUUAUGCUUUUCUAUGGAUGUUGGGUCAAUGUUUGUAUACACUUGGGCAGGCAUGUGCCUAAGCUGGCGAUGUGUGUACAUGUAGCCUACCUGGUUUUUUUACGUUUGUAAUGAGUUCAAGUGCUGACAUUUUUCUUUAAUGUCUGACGUGUUUCUUUCUUGAUAUCUACAAUAGAAAAAUUACAGGACCGACUACAAGAAUAAAAUGCUAAACACUGCAUUAAACGCAUUUCUUUCUAGAAUAAUAUGUAUAGCUUUUUAGGAUAUAAUCUCAUGAAAUGAAAAUGUUCACCCAGUAAAUGUUUACUCACAGUUUUACAACAAAAUAC